UGACGCCAGCAGCAGCUGCCACCCAGCUUCUACCCGCACAUCCAGAGCACCGCGGCGACACCAUGUUGGGCGUGAUCAAGAACUCGCUGUUUGGGAGCGUAGAGACUUGGCCUUGGCAGAUACUGAGCAAAGGGGGCAAGGGAGAGGUCUCCUAUGAGGAGAGGGCCUGUGAAGGUGGGAAGUUUGCCACAGUGGAAGUGACUGAUAAGCCUGUGGAUGAGGCUCUACGGGAAGCAAUGCCCAAAGUCGUGAAGUAUGUGGGAGGCACCAAUGACAAGGGAAUCGGGAUGGGGAUGACAGUUCCUAUGUCCUUUGCCGUGUUCCCCAGUGCCAAUGGGUCCCUACAGAAGAAAUUAAAAGUCUGGUUCCGGAUUCCAAAUGAGUUUCAAAGCGACCCACCAGCUCCCAGCGAUGACAGCAUUAAGAUCGAAGACAGAGAAGGCAUCACUGUCUAUUCCAUGCAGUUUGGCGGUUAUGCCAGGGAAACUGACUACGUAGCUCGUGCGGCCCAGCUGCGCACCACCCUGGAGGGUACAGCCACCUGCCGGAGUGACUUCUACUUCUGCGCUGGGUAUGACCCUCCCAUGAAGCCCUACGGACGUCGCAACGAGAUCUGGCUGGUGAAGAGCAAUGAAUAAUUGGCUGAACUAGAGCUCGCUGGGAUGCUUGCGUCUGUGCCCACUUCCGCCAGGAGGAAAUGAAGUUCCCCGUGCAGCUCCAGUAGGGCCGACUUUCCUUCAGAGCCAAUCAGUCACGGCCAAUUUCCUGAAAUAAGUACGUUCCAGAUCCUGAGGCUCUUGUUCUCGUGGAGGGAAACAAGGCACCCACGAUACAUAUGCGUCCUUCUAAAUGACUUAGAAAAUUCUGUGGUAGACCAGAAAAAACCAGCAGCAUUUCCCCAGCUCUCUGGAUCCCUAAAAACUGAUUUUUUAAAAUUAUUGAAACCAUAUUUUUAUUAUUGAGGAAGAAGUGUGAUUUACGUGUGAUCUUUCAUCUCUGAUUCUUAUAAGAGCUUUCUUUAAAAAGAAACCGGAAAUAAAGAUCUUUGACUUAAA